UUUCUCAAAAAGUUUUCUGAUAUUUUUCAAAGGGGGCUUUUCCAAUAUGUUUUUGUAAAAUAUUAGGAGAAUAAAUGAUUAGAGAAUAAGCAAGGACUUCUAGGAUUAAAAUGAAAGUUUUAGGACCGUGGUGAGGCUGUGAGACUUUGACUUUUGAUUUUCAUUAAGUUUGUUGUUCUUUUAAUUGAUUGAGAUAUGCUUUUGGUUUUGAUAUGUUGUUAUGGACUUAGAGAAACUUUCCAGGUAUGUCUUUGGUGAAGCUAUUAGUUAAGGUAGUAUAAUUAUGAGUAGUGCUCGAUCUUAUUCGUAUCGCAAUCUUUUCAAGAAUACAAUGACGCCUACGAAGGACAGGUGAUAGAAGUUGCCUAACUGAGUCCAGAAAUUCAAAGGACCUAGAGUUACCUUUGGAGGUAAUGACAAAGAAGGUCAAACAAAAGGAAGAGGGAAGCUGAUCAAGAACCAGAUAUUCAUUGAUGAUGUCUCAUAUGUCAUAGGACUGAAGUUCAACUUGCUGAGUGCUAGCCAAUUCUGUGACAAAGGCUACACCGUUGAAUUCACUAAGGACUUCUGCUAUGUGAAGCAUGAGACAACAAAAGAAGUGGUUCUUACAGCAUCAAUGAAGAAGAACAUCUAUGUGCUUGAUUGGAACACUGCAAAGGAUGGAGUUUGCCUGAUAGCCAAGGGAGAUUCAAAACUAAGCUGGGACUGGCACAAGAAGCUUAGCCAUUUGAACUUCAAAACAAUCAACAAACUGGAAAGAGAACACAUUGUUGAUGGACUGGCAGACAUAGUUUACAAGAAAGAGACCAUCUGCAGUGCAUGCCAGAAGGGAAAACAACAGAAGAACUCGUUCAAACCCAUUGCUGGAGAUCUUUCUACAAGUCCUUUAAAUAUGAUCCACAUGGAUUUAUUUGGACCUGUUGAGACUCCAAGUGUUGGUGGCAAGAAAUACACUCUAGUCAUGGUUGAUGACUAUUCCAGAUAUACAUGGACUAUCUUUCUAUCAAAGAAGAAUGAAACUCUUCAGAAGUUGCCAUCUCUGUUAAAGCAACUUCAGACUGAGAAGAACUUGAAGGUUAAGACAAUCAGGUCUGACAGAGGAACUGAAUUUGUCAACCAAGUCAUAAAGGACUUCUGUGAUCAAAAUGGAACCUUUCAUCAACUCUCUGCCGCCAGAACCCCUCAGCAGAAUGGCGUAGCAGAAAGGAGGAACAGAACAUUAAAAGAAGCUGCAAGGACAAUGAUUGCAGAAUCUGGACUACCUAUGAGAUACUGGGCUGAAGCAAUCAACACUGCAUGCUAUACCCAGAACAGAAGCAUGAUCAACAAGAAUCACCAGAAGACCCCUUAUUAACUCUGGAAAGGAAGAAAACCCAACAUUAGCUACUUUCAUGUGUUUGGAUGCAAGUGCUACAUCCUUAACAAUGGAAAGGAGCAUCUGAAAUUCUUUCAAGAGAAAGCUGAUGAAGGUAUCUUUAUAGGCUAUUCAAACACCAGUAAAGCCUAUAGAGUACUCAACAGAAGGACUCUACAUGUUGAAGAGUCUAUACAUGUGAAAUUUGAUGGUAGCACCUCUGUUAAAGAAGUAACAGAGAUCCUGAAAGAAGUCAGCGUAGAAGACAGAACACCUGAACCAACAGAAGAGGUAGCAGAUAACCCUGCAUUUCCAACACCUGCACCAAACCCCCUUCUGUUGAAUGAAGAUGAAGAUUCAGAAGAUGAAGAACCAGAGAGACCCAGACAACAACUGACAGAACCUGAUCUGACAUGGUUAAGAGACCAUCCCCCUAAUCAAGUAAUUGGACAUAUCAGAAGUGGUGUGCAGACUAGAUCAGCAUCAACAAGGAGAGAAGCAAUGCUUGUCUGCUAUAUAUCUUAGAUGGAACCCAUGACUGUAGAAGAAGCUCUUGCAGAUUCAGACUAGAUCAAUGCAAUGCAAGAAGAGCUUACUCAAUUUGAAAGGAACAAAAUAUGAGAACUUGUUCCUAGGCCAAAGCACCAGAAUGUCAUUGGAACAAAAUGGGUAUUCAAGAACAAAGCUGAUGAAGAUGGUAACAUUGUAAGGAAUAAAGCAAGGCUGGUAGCCAAGGGAUACUGUCAAGAAGAAGGAAUAGAUUUUGAUGAGACUUUUGCACCAGUUGCUAGACUGGAAGCCAUCAGAAUAUUUCUAGCCUAUGUUGCCUACAACAACAUCAAGGUCUACCAGAUGGAUGUCAAAAGCGCAUUUCUGAAUGGAGAUCUUGAAGAAGAAGUUUUUGUGGAACAACCACCAGGUUUUGUCAUUCCUACUCACUCUUCCUGUGUCUACAAGUUUAAAAAGGCCCUCUAUAGUCUUAAGCAAGCUCCCAGAGCAUGGUAUGACACACUGUCCCUAUUCCUAGUGAACCAUGGGUUUACUAAGGGAAAGGUUGACAAAACUCUAUUUCAAAUCUCUGUUUCUAAUCAUAUUCUGUUAGUACAAAUAUAUGUGGAUGAUAUUAUAUUUGGUAGUACUAAUUCAGAACUGUGCAAGAAAUUCUCUCAAGUAAUGCAGAGUCAAUUUGAAAUGAGUAUGAUGGGAGAACUCAGCUACUUCCUAGGACUACAAGUCAAACAAGUUCCAGAAGGAAUCUUUAUCAAUCAAGGGAAGUAUACCAGAGACCUGAUCAAGAAGUUUGGAGUGGAAGGCAAAUCCUCGGUUAAGAUUCCCAUGAACACUUCACAAGGAAUUGGUCCAGAUGAUGAAGGCAAAGAUGUCGAUGAAACUACCUACAGAGGAAUCAUAGGAUCUCUGCUGUAUCUGACUGCAAGCAGACCAGAUAUCUCAUUCUCUGUUGGAAUCUGUGCCAGAUACGAAUCAAAGCCCAAGGAGAGCCAUCUUAGUGUUGCAAAGAGAAUUAUCAGAUAUAUCAAAGGAAAUCCAAAUGCAGGCCUAUGGUAUCCAAAGGGAGGUAACUUUGAACUAAUUGGUUACUCUGACUCAGAUUUUGCAGGUUGCAGAUUAGACAGGAAGAGCACCUCUGGUCACUGCCAAAUGCUAGGAGGAAGGCUUGUUUCCUGGUUUAGCAAGAAGCAGAAUUCAAUCUCAACCAGUACAGAAGAAGCUGAAUACAUUGCAGCUGGGAGUUGCUGUGCUCAGCUACUCUGGAUGAAGCAACAGCUGAAGGACUAUGACAUUCAAGCAAAGGAGAUCAAAUUGCUUUGUGACAACACUAGUGCCAUUGCCAUCACUCAGAAUCCAGUCCUUCACUCCAGGACAAAGCACAUUAAGAUCAGACAUCACUUCAUCAGAGAUCAUGUUGAAAAGAAGCACAUAUGCAUGGAGCAUGUGCCAACAGAAGACCAGCUUGCAGACAUUCUGACAAAGCCUCUGCCUGAGGCUAGAUUCAACAAACUGAGAGAGGAAUUGGGAAUGAUGGAUGAAAUUCCAAGAGAAAGUUGAAAAGGAAGGCCCUCUGUUGCAAAAUUCCUGCUAACAGAAUACCUGUUGCAGAACCUCUUCUGUUAACCUCUUCUGUUCUCUAUCCUGAACAGAGAACCUCCGUUCCCGACAGAACACCUCUGCAACAGAACCCCCCCUUUUCUUAUCCUCAGAAAACCUUACCUCGAACAGAAGGUUGUAGACUUAGAAAAUUUGGAGAAACCGGGUGACCUAGUAACUUAAUGAAGGUCUUUUACCCUUUUACCCUUAAAACGGUAUACAGCCGCAAAAUAUUUACUACGCCCCUUUUUCCAUUUAUUGGUACCUCGAAACCGUAAAUAAUCUCAAGUGUCCACUAACCUGAACCCAUAUAUUCCUCUUCCUCAAACCUAAAACGUUACUGCUCUCAUUACUCUCAAAUUCUCAAACCUCCAUAGCUCUCAAGUUCUCAGAAACUUUUCCCUGUUCUAAUGGCUUUCAUCAACAUCAACGACCUCACCAAGGAAGAAAUCAACAUCUUGGUCACUAACAUCUAUACUGGGAUGAACUGCGAUCUUUCCGCACUCCCUGAACUUGCAGCAAAUCAUGAAACGAUGAUGAAAAUCAUCAAGGGAAUGGAAGAAUCACAACUAAACAAGGUUGUGGGCUAUCAUUUUGAUUCCUACAGCACGAAGGACGUGGCAGAGUUCUAUCUAAAUGCUACAUAUGAAGGGGAUACCAUCAAGUCAAAUGUCAAUGGUGAUGACAUAACCAUCACUCCUGAAAUUAUCAACGCUCUGUUUGGCGUAGUGGAGGAUCCUCAAGAAGAAGGCAUUGAAGGCUUCUUAUCCCUAGACAGUGUCAAGGUCACUGUGGACAACUUUGUCCAACUCUACUGCCGACAUGAAGUGGAGAGAGUUCCCAAACUGUACAUGAAGAAGAAUCUUCUUCAAAGUGACUAUGAGAAGCUCGUCGACAUCUUCCAUAGGUGUGUCUGGAGCAAGAGCACCUCUACUGACGACAUGACUGUUCUCAAUGCAAAAGCUAUUUUUGCAGUUCAUCAUGGGAUGAACAUCAACUGGGGACAGGUAAUCAUCAAAUCCCUAAUUGAGUUCAUCAAGAAGAAAGACAAGGAAACCGGCCUUUUCAAAAACCCCAUUGGUUAUGGCCUUCUGUUAUCUGAAACCCUGCUAAAGGCAAGGAUAGGGUUGAGAAACCCUAUUGAGGCAGACUACACCAAACUCCUUUUCCUCAAUACCUCUGGUGACAGAAAGAUUGCCCUCAAGGCUGAACAAAAGAGGCUGAGGACCCUGGAGUUUAACCGGGAGAAGCUUCAACAGAAAUUCAUCAAACCCAAGAAGGCUGGGAAGAAACAGCAGAAGCCCUCUACCCCAUCAGAAUCCGAAGAGGAGGAGGUUCUGGUCAGAAAAUCUGUGAAAAAGGUUGUUUUGAAGAAGGCUGCCUGAUAGUGUGAAUUUCCUAUCAUGUAUGUUUGUAUUUUUAACUAGUUUUUAUUAGUUCUAGUUGUGGAAAUUACACAUUUUUUGUGUAAUACUUUAUUUUCAUAAUUAUUUGUAAUUUGUUUAGAUUAGGACUAUUCUGAGCUAAACAGGUCAAAACUCAUCUAAGGGAUCAAGAUGGGACCUCAAAAGAUCAAGGAAAGUGCAAAGAGACAUGAAAGAUUUCGAUUUGGAAAAAUACUCGUAUACCCGGUCGGGUAUAGGCAAUACCCGAUCGGGUAUUUGCUUGAUUCGGUUGUCCAAAUCAAAUCUGGGAACAAAGGAUCGUGGGAGCAAAUUUUCGUAAAGAUUUGUCACAUACCCGAUCGGGUAAACCGACAUACCCGACCGGGUAUGUCCAGAAAUGUGGCUUUCCGGGAAAUUUCCUAAGAUACCCGAUCGGGUAUCCUAUAUACCCGGUCGGGUAUCAGCCCCUGCAGCUCCCAAAAGCCUAUAAAUACACCCUUUUCCUUCACAAUAAGAUAUCCAAUUCCUUUGUACAUCUAAGCUCAGUAUAGAAUAGCUCUUUCUUUAUAUUUUUCAUCAUGUUUAGUCUCCAAAUGAGGAGCUAAACUCUUUCAUCUUGGUUUUGCUACUUUGAAGCUUAAUGAAUUUGUAAGUAGUGAGUUAUUUUCUUUAAUCUUCUUCCUUGAAUAUUAAUUCUUUCUUUCAAAAUACUAUCUCUAUAUCAAAGUUGGGGAGUGUUACUAAGAUUACAAUUAGUUAACAUCUUGACAUUGGUUAUAGUAAUAGCUAUUUCUUCCUCUAUGAUAAUAUUGGGGAGUGUUACUAAGAUGACAAUUAGUUAACAUCUUGAUAUUAAUCAUAGUAGGAUUCAUAUAUUUUAAUAUUCUUCCUUGAGUAUUAAUUAAUUCCUAUUCAUAUUUCAUGUUAAUAUCUUAAACAUUACUUAAAGUAUCAACUAGUAUUGUUUCUCAUAUUAAUUAUUACUAGAAUCAAUCGGUUAAUACGUUUGUUAUUAAUCCGGUUCUUUCAACGGUAGUAAACUUGGAAUAUUAAUGCAUGCAUCUCAUGGUUAAUAUGCCAAGGGGAAUUAAUUAUAUUGAUUAAACCAAUAAACCGCUUGUGUUGAGGUUAUCAAUCUCAAUCGUUUUCAUCUUAAGUUUAUUGCUACUAUCAAGUUAAUAUACGGCGCUUGUUCUAUAUUGACUCGAUAGUAAGUUUUAUUAAUGAACGCAUCUCGUUAUUAAUAACUACCCUCGAUGAACUGGAUAUACUCCUCGAUUGAGUAUUCGAGAGGAAGAUAGUUAAAGAUAUAACCGGGAUCGACGAACAUUUCAUUAAGUGGAUAAAAGCGAAACCAAGUCUUCAUCUCAUUGAAUUAAACUCAUAUAGGUUGUUUAUCUUAGUGUCUUUAAAGCAAACAAAUCUAAACCCCCCUUUUUGUUACUAUUUAUUUAAAAGAAACGUAUUCCUUUCCCUGUGGAUACGAACCUUACUACACUAUACUACGUAUUAGUGUUGUAUUGAUUAAUUAUUUUGAGUGCACCUAACGACAAGUGCACGUCAAAUUUGGCGCCGUUGCCGGGGAAAGGCAAUCAUUUUUCUUUUUAUUUUAUCUCAUAAAAAUCAAAAACACAAAAAAUUUAUUUUUACAAAAUAAAAAACUUGCUCUUCUAUUUUCUGAGCUUACAUGAGUUAUGAGUAUAUGGAUACCAACACUUCAUCCUCAGAGAGUGAAAUUUCCUUCUUGACUUCUCUAAUAAAGGAAUCUAUCUUUAACUCAAAAGCUCAAGAUGCCAAGACUUGCAACAUUUGCAUGUCUCACAGACAUCUUACGGACUUCUGCCCAAAGAUCCAAGAAGAAUACAUUGCACAAAUUGAUGAUGUACCUCACAUGAGGUAUGAUCCAUUCUCCAACUCUAAUAUGUCCACGAAGGACAUGGUUCGGGCUCUUGCUAACAGCGUAACCACCAUGCAACAAAACAUGGUGCAAUUCCAAAAUGAGACCAAGUCUAGCAUUUUGAGCUUGGAAUCUCAAGUGGGUCAAAUAGCCGGAGUCGUGAGUAGGCUUGAAGCAAGGGAUUCGGGAAAACUUUCCUCUCAAAUAGAAUGUGAUCCUAGACAGCAAACUUUUGCAAUCACAUUGAAAAAUGAAGAGGAAAAGCAAAAAGAGAUCCAGGAUCCAGAAGAAGUAGAGGAAGAAAAGGACACGGAGCUCCAACUGGUCAAAAAAGAGGAUAAUCUGAGCUUCAAGGUUAAAUAUCUAUCCUUGUCAUCUUUUGAGGUACCCCCAUCAAUUCUAAAAAUCUUGAGGGAAACUCAUAAACUUGAAAUGGACAAUGACAUUUCUGAAAUAUUCUUCAAAAUUGAGGAGUCGAAAAACUUUUUAUUGAUCAUACUAAACGAUAAUUUCUUCCCAUUCCUCCCACCACACGAAUCAAUGAAAAUCUGGAUAUUUGAUCCUGGAAAGAUUUCCAAAGUGGAGAGUCGAGAAAUUAAGCACUCCUAUGGAAGUCCUAGGAGUGAAAGUGAGAAGAAAAUAAACUAUCAUGAUCCAAGUUUGAAUGAUUGAAAACAAUGAUAGCGUCGUGCCGCGACGUUAAAUGAGGCGCUUCUUGGGAGGCAACCCAUGCAAGGUACGUUUACUUGUUUUAUUUUAUUUUUACACAUUUCAAAAAAGAAAAAAGAAAAAAAAGAGUUUUGUGCACCACGGCUUAAUACCUGAUCGGGCACAUGUAUAUAUCUGGUCGGGUAUAAGAGAAAAUAAAUUUCAAAAACUACGGCGAGAAGAAGUCGAUCGGGUAUGAAAAUCCCAGAAAGCGAAGAAAAGGAAGAUACCCGAUCGGGUAUAGCCACUUACCCGACCGGGUAUGCUUAAAACGUGCAAUUUCAGAGCUCACUGCCUCGUGUAGUGAUCGGGUAUGAAAAUCCCAAAAAUCAAAGAAAAGGGAGAUACCCGAUCGGGUAUAGCCACUUACCCGACCGGGUAUGCUUAAAACGUGCAAAUCUGUAGCUCACUGCCUCGCGUACCCGAUCGGGUAUACACACUUACCCGGUCGGGUAAGCGGGAUUACUCAGCAUUUUAAUUCGAAAAGUCCCUUCUUCUUCCCAAAUUCCUUCCCCAAAUCCGACCAAACCCUCCCCAAACCUCCAUAGCCGGUUCUUCUACCUCAAAUUACUCCCUGAAUUCUCCACCAAAUCCCUCCAAACCACCACCAAAAUCUUCCCCACAUCCCCCUCUACACACCCAUACCCAUCAACACCACAUUCUCUUCCAAUUUCGUAGAGUCCGAAAAACCCAACCCCACCACAUAAAAGUCCGAAAUUUGGAACCCAAAAUCCAAGUUUUCUAGCAAAAAUGGCACCAAAGAGGACAAGAGGAGAAAGUUCUUCUUCAAGAGCACCGGUUCCCGGCUUUGAAAACAUCAUCAUCACCUCAUCGGCUCACCGGGAAAAAGUCUUGGCCCAAACUAAAAGAGAGGUACAUCAUUCCCGUUUUUUGUGUAUGAAUACUUUGGAUGAGCUAGAAAUUCUUGCUAUGAUGCUUCAAUUAGGUGAAUUGUUGGGAAUGAGCAAAAUUUUUGGGUUGAAAUAUAACCCAAAUGAUGAACUUGUGUAUGAAUUCUUGGGUUCCGUAGAGAGAAUCAAAGAUGAUAAUGAUGAUAGGGAGGAUAAACUCACGUUUCGUUUAUUCAAUAAAUCACAUUCCAUAACAAAACGUGAGUUUGCGGAGCACUUUGGCUUGCCCGUGCCACCACAAAAUGCCCAAGAGCCCGACACCGGGUAUGGCUUUGAAUUGUGGAAAACAAUGACGGGGGAAAUGAACUUUAGCUCCAAAAAUCUUGUCAUAACUCAUGUCCAACACCCAGUGCUACGCAUUUUCUUGAAAUACUUGGUUAGCUUUGUGUUUGGACGCCCCAACAAUCACCAAGCACGAAUAGGUGAUAUAUGUAUUCUAGCCAAUGCACUGUUUGACAUACCUCCCUUCCACUAUAACAUUGUGAACCGUAUGUGGGAACAUCUGUAUAAAGAAUGCACCGCCCAAAGAAAAAUUUGGAUAGGGGGCGUUAUUCUUCACAUAGCUACAAAAUUCGGUUACGUAGACAAUGCACCAAUAGCCGAAUUCUGUCUUUUUGACAUAACACAUCUGGGCAAUUCAAAGGACAUCAAGUUCUCUCAUCGUGAUUACAAGGGGAAAAUCUUUUACAAAUGGUCCAUCUUCCCGAAACCCACUCGUUACUUCAUGAUCCCCUCCGAGGGGCUACCCACUAUUCCAUUCCGAUUAGAACCACCUCUUGUGCACCACUAUUGCCUCCCUCCAGCCAUCCCACCAUAUUUUCAAAACCAAGAAGAUGAACCCGCACAAGAACAAGCCCCUCCAAUUCUUGAAGAUAUUCCAGCUCCACCUCACGACCAACCCCACUAUGAUCCGUAUCAAACACAAGUGCUUGAGAACCAACGUGCUCUAUUGGAAGGACUCCGGGAUUUGAGCUUCCGGGUCAACCGCAUGGACGAGGACAACCGACGGGCAAUAGCCCCCAUCUAUGCUUACCAUCAUCAGCAGGGGCACUUCUCCUCUAUACGUCCCCCAGUGCAGCACCCGUCAUGGUAUGACCCCUCUCAGUGGGGUAAUUUUGGGGAGGACAGCGGUUACAGUGGAGGAGACUAUGGUGGCGGUCAGCCUGGCUUUGACGGAGACGAGCACUAGGGACAGUGCUUCAAGCUAAGUGAGGGGGAAUCACUCAUUGGUACGUACUCAAUUGUUUCAACCUUGUAACUUGCAUUAUCUUCUUUUUAAAAAAAAAGAAAAAAAAAGCAAACAAAAAAAAAAGGAAAAAAAAGGGAAAUGCUAGUUAGGUUGAAAACCCAAAAAACGGGCAAUCUAAGCAAAAAGGGCUUAUAAAAAAAAUGUUAAUGAGUGAGUUAGAAAGGAACAAAACAAAUUGUUGAAUUGUUGAACUAUUGAAGACAUGAAAAACUUGUUAAAUUGUUCAAUUUAAAUCUAAUGUACAAACCUUGGUGGUCUUUUGCUCUUUCUUGUUAAAUUGUUGAACUAUUGAAGACAUGAAAAACUUGUACACAUUUGGCUUUACUCGAGGACGAGUAAAGAAACUAAGUGUGGGGGAGUUUGAUAGUGUGAAUUUCCUAUCAUGUAUGUUUGUAUUUUUAACUAGUUUUUAUUAGUUCUAGUUGUGGAAAUUACACAUUUUUUGUGUAAUACUUUAUUUUCAUAAUUAUUUGUAAUUUGUUUAGAUUAGGACUAUUCUGAGCUAAACAGGUCAAAACUCAUCCAAGGGAUCAAGAUGGGACCUCAAAAGAUCAAGGAAAGUGCAAAGAGACGUGAAAGAUUUCGAUUUGGAAAAAAUACUCGUAUACCCGGUCGGGUAUAGGCAAUACCUGAUCGGGUAUUUGCUUGAUUCGGUUGUCCAAAUCAAAUCUGGGAACAAAGGAUCGUGGGAGCAAAUUUUCGUAAAGAUUUGUCACAUACCCGAUCGGGUAAACCGACAUACCCGACCGGGUAUGUCCAGAAAUGUGGCUUUCCGGGAAAUUUCCUAAGAUACCCGAUCGGGUAUCCUAUAUACCCGGUCGGGUAUCAGCCCCUGCAGCUCCCAAAAGCUUAUAAAUACACCCUUUUCCUUCACAAUAAGAUAUCCAAUUCCUUUGUACAUCUAAGCUCAGUAUAGAAUAGCUCUUUCUUUAUAUUUUUCAUCAUGUUUAGUCUCCAAAUGAGGAGCUAAACUCUUUCAUCUUGGUUUUGCUACUUUGAAGCUUAAUGAAUUUGUAAGUAGUGAGUUAUUUUCUUUAAUCUUCUUCCUUGAAUAUUAAUUCUUUCUUUCAAAAUACUAUCUCUAUAUCAAAGUUGGGGAGUGUUACUAAGAUGACAAUUAGUUAACAUAUUGACAUUGGUUAUAGUAAUAGCUAUUUCUUCCUCUAUGAUAAUAUUGGGGAGUGUUACUAAGAUGACAAUUAGUUAACAUCUUGAUAUUAAUCAUAGUAGGAUUCAUAUAUUUUAAUAUUCUUCCUUGAGUAUUAAUUAAUUCCUAUUCAUAUUUCAUGUUAAUAUCUUAAACAUUACUUAAAGUAUCAACUAGUAUUGUUUCUCAUAUUAAUUAUUACUAGAAUCAAUCGGUUAAUACGUUUGUUAUUAAUCCGGUUCUUUCAACGGUAGUAAACUUGGAAUAUUAAUGCAUGCAUCUCAUGGUUAGUAUGCCAAGGGGAAUUAAUUAUAUUGAUAAAACCAAUAAACCGCUUGUGUUGAGGUUAUCAAUCUCAAUCGUUUUCAUCUUAAGUUUAUUGCUACUAUCAAGUUAAUAUACGGCGCUUGUUCUAUAUUGACUCGAUAGUAAGUUUUAUUAAUGAACGCAUCUCGUUAUUAAUAACUACACUCGAUGAACUGGAUAUACUCCUCGAUUGAGUAUUCGAGAGGAAGAUAGUUAAAGAUAUAACCGGGAUCGACGAACAUUUCAUUAAGUGGAUAAAAGCGAAACCAAGUCUUCAUCUCAUUGAAUUAAACUCAUAUAGGUUGUUUAUCUUAGUGUCUUUAAAGCAAACAAAUCUAAAC